GAAAUAGAAAAGCAAAGGAAGAAAAGAAAAACAUGAAAGGAAGAAAGAAAAGAAAAGAAAAGCAAUAAAGAAAGGGAAAAAAGAAGAAGAGAGAAAACAAAGACAAAAGGUUCUCAAAACUCCAUGAUUAUUCAAAUUCUCUCAAAAACAGUACCAAGCAAUAGUCCCCUACUUAAUCAACCCACAGGAGUGGACCUCUCUCAAAGUCUCUACAAGACCCUGUUUAGGCUUGGGUUGGAACAACAUCAAAAAAAGAAAGGAGAGACUUUCUUUCUCUUUUGUAGAUCGAGAUCGUAGAAAUUAAGAAAGGCAUGAAUAGAGGUGUUUUGCAAAGCUCACCGGUGAAACAAAUGAUGGCCGGGAACCCUAACAAUUGGUGGAACAUCAACACCAUGCGCCCUCCUCCUCCUCCUCCACAAGCUUCUCCUCCUUUCUUCUCCACUCCUUCCAACUUUCUAACUCCUUAUUAUACCCCCACUUCUUCUCUUCCUCUUCCUUCUUGGCAUGACAACAAUCAAGAGCUACCUGAGUCAUGGAGCCAACUACUCAUGAGUGGGAUGGUGUCUGAAGAAGAGAAAGGGGGUAUGUGCCAGGUUCAGUCUAAGAAGUUGGAGAACUGGGAGCAACAAAUGCUAAGCCAGGCUCCAAGUGCUCCUAUUGUUGAUGUUAAGCAAGAAAGCUCGGUGAACAGCUAUGCGUAUGGGCAUGGAAACGAAGAGUUUCAACCAGCAAAGCCAACAUGGUCUCAAAUAGUGCCUGCUUCUUCCCCCAAAUCAUGUGUAACAAGUUUCAGCAGCAGCAUGUUGGAUUUCUCUAACAAUAACACCGAUGCGAGGCCUCCUCCACCAGAUCCAUCCUCAGAGUGUGAUAGCGCUGCAACUGGUGGGGCAUUCAAGAAAGCUAGGGUUCAACCGCCCACAACUCAAUCGACCUUCAAGGUUAGGAAGGAGAAAUUAGGUGACAGAAUUACCGCCCUUCAUCAACUCGUUUCCCCAUUCGGAAAGACUGACACGGCUUCUGUCUUAUUAGAAGCUAUUGGCUAUAUCAGAUUCCUUCAGAGUCAAAUUGAGGCCCUUAGCUUACCAUACUUGGGCAGUGGAUCAGGAAACAUGAGGCAGCAACAAUCCGUAAGAAAUAAUACCAACCCACCAUUUCUGGUUCAAGGAGAGAACAAUUGUAUAUUCCCUGAAGACCCCGGUCAGUUGCUGAAUGAAAACUGUUUGAAGAGGAAAGCAGCUAGUGAGCAGGAUUCUCAAGAAGAACAAAAGAAAGACCUGAGGAGUAGAGGGUUAUGCUUGGUUCCAGUGUCAUGCACGCUGCAAGUUGGAAGUGACAAUGGAGCUGACUAUUGGGCUCCUGCUUUUGGUGGGGGAUUUCGGUAGAUUGCUUAACUUACUAUUAAUAGGUUAUCAUAUGCAGCAUACAGAGAGAGAAAAUAUAUUCAUGGAGAUUGUAUAACAUCAUUAGCAGUCAAUCUGCUGCAAAACCUAAUUAAGGCUGAUUGCUCAUGAUGCUAUACGCAAUUCCUGAAUAAAAUGUAUGCUGCCAGUCAAGUUAUAUAUUUGCAAGCCCUUGUUAAGACUCCUUAAUUCACGGAAAUCAAGCUUUAGUUAUUUUCACUAGCUUAAUUAAUUAAGAGGUCGAUCGUACAAUGUUCGAUAAUUGUGUAUAUAUGCAAUAAUUGUAUGAUUAUUUUCAAUGCUACUA